AUGUAUAGAAAAAUUGGUGCAACUAUUGGUAUUGACCUUGGAACAACAUAUUCUUGUGCGGGUGCUCGGCAAAAUGACCAAGUUGAGAUCAUAUCCAAUGAUCAAAGAAAUAUGACUAUUCCAUCUUGUGUUGCUUUCACGAAUGGCAGACGUCUAAUAGGUGAAGGUGCAAAGAACCAGAUUACUAUGAACCCCACCAACACCAUUUAUGAUGCAAAAAGAUUGAUUGGAAGAAGAUUCAAUGAUACCAAACUUCAGUAAGACAUCAAGUUAUGGCCUUUUAAUGUCAUAAAAGGUAUUAGAGACAUUCUGAUGAUUGUAGCUUCACAUAACGGUGAAGAGAACGAGUUUUCUUCAGAGGAGAUUUCAUCUAUGGUUCUUAUUAAAUUGAAAGAAGUUGCAGAGAAAUUCCUUGGUAAAACUGUACAUGACGCAGUCAUCACAGUACCAGCUUAUUUUGAUGAUUCCCAACGCCAAGCAACAAAGGAUGUUGGUCAUGUUGCUGGACUUAAUGUUCUACAGAUAAUCAAUGAGCCAACCUCAACAGCAAUUGCAUAUGGAUUAGACAUGAAAAAUCAUAUAGCUCGUGACAUAAAUGUGCACAUCUUUGAUUUAGGUGGUGAUACAUUUGAUGUCUCUCUUGUCACCAUUGAUAAGAAGGGUACGAUAACAGUUAAGGUUGUUGUUGGUCACACUCACUUAGGUGGCCAGGACAUUGAUAACGCAAUGUUUGACUAUUUUGUCGAACAAUUCAAGAGAAAGCACAAGGUAGACAUCAGUGUGAAUAAAAAAGCACCAUCUCGGUUGAAGGAAGCUUGUGAAAAAGAAAAAAGAGUUCUCUCUUCAAUUAUUGAUACUACUAUCGAUAUUGACAACUCGCAUGAUGGUGUUGAUUUUUCUAUGAGAAUAUCUCGUGCAAAGUUUAAAAAGCUUAAUGAAGAUUUCUUUAGUAAUUGUAUAAAGAUGGUGGAGACGUGUUUGGGUGAUGAAAAAAUGAAUAAAAAACAGAUAGAUGAGGUAGUAUUAGUUGGUGGGUCAACUGGGAUACCCAAGGUACAACAAUUGUUGAAAGACUUCUUCCAAGGAAAAGAGCUUUUUAAGAAGAUCCAUGUUGAUGAGGUAGUUGCGUAUGGUGCAACAGUUCUUGCUGCAAAAUUAACUGGCUAUAGCGGUAAAAGAGUUCGCAACCUAGUGUUGAUAGAUGUUGUGCCUUUGUCACUUAGUAUUGAAAUUUAUGGUGGCUAUUUUUCUGUUUUAAUUAAAAGAAAUUCCCCAAUACCAGCCAAGAAGGAAGGAAUUUAUGUUAAUGUUAAGGAUUAA